GUAACAAUGCGUAUGUGUUACGCUAUGUUUGGUAAAAACGCAACUGUUCGCUGAAUAAGUUAUUCAAGUCCUAAUAUUUACACUUUGAAACACCAUUGAAAAGACGUCUCGUCUCUCUUUUUCUUGUCCCAGUUCGUCUCUCCUCACUCCCCCCCCCGUCCCGUCGGGACUGACGAAUGACGAUAUACCUACCGCCUGGCGUGUCUGUCCCCCCUCCCCGCCCCCCGUCUGGUGGGGGAGGGUGCCGUGACAGCCAGUGCGGGCCCUGAGGCGGCUCAGUCGGCAGUCCGGCUCAGGGGCAGACGGCGGGUCAGAGGUCGGGUCAUCGGAGGCCCCCCGGAGGUACGACGAGCGGCAUGGAGCAGCCAACGCCAGCGGUGCAUAGUGAGCCCUCUGGCAGCGUCUUGGAUGACUUCGGGAAGGCUGGACCCGGUGGGCGGCCAUGGAGGGAGAACCGACUGCAGGGACAGGACUUCUUUGAGAAAAUGGGCUGGGCGACCUCGGCGGACCAGCGUCGACGUAAAAAGGAGAUCGAGCACUACCGAGAGGCCCUGAAGCAGAUCCUGGCAGAGAGGAAGCGGGCCGCGAGGGAGGAGAGACAGUUCAGACUGGACGAGUCUGGCAUCUCUGUGUACCCGCUGAUGAAGCAGCUGGCCACGGGUCGGCCUCGGCGUCAGCCAGACACGGAGCUGCUGUACAACCCGCUACCCCAUACGGACGUGACGCGACACAGGGAAGGACGCAUCACCUACCCGCCGCUGGAGCAGAGCCACUACCGCCGUCAGCUGGAGCUGCAGAUCCAGGAGAAACAGCAGGAGAAACAGCGGGCCCGUGAACAGUACUGGCAGGAGACGGUACAGCAUCUGGAGAGUUUCUCCAAGUUCUGGGGUCGACCCGGAGGAGGGGCGCCCAUCUCUCAGCAGCACAAGAAGGCCAACAUCUCGCGCAUGCUCUUCCCCGACGCUAUGCAGCCUCAGAACGUGGCUUGAUGCGCACAGUGGACAACUAGCUAGUGAUGGAUGUCGAUGCCAGUGAUUUUAUUUUACUAGAUGUUCCUUUGGAAUCGAUCAUCAUAAUUUGCAUUUUUUUAAAUAAAGUGCUUAUUUGCAGCUGUUACUUGUUUCAGUCAUAUUAUUAGGUAUGUAAAGUGAUCUUUAACCAAGUUUGAUAUUUUGCACCGUGCAUACGGUCACGUAGUACUCGUAUAAUUAUUGAUAAAAGCUUUAUUGCUGUAUAUAUUCAUGACAUUUUGUUUUUCCCUUGGAUCACUUCAGAACAUUUCAACCUUGACUUAUUUAUGAAUAUUAGUAACUGGGCAGCCCAAGUAACCAAGUAAUAGGCAUUCAAUAUCUCUUCGUUGUUGUAAUGUAGCGCGGCUAGCACCCACUUUUCGAUAUCUUGAUGUUGUAAAGUUGAUUCAAUUCGGUGUUGCGCUAAGGGAAAGGUGCACUGAAUCAUGUAGUUAAUCGCUCAAGGUCUUUCGCUCUGUGUCGCCUGUUAUAUUUUUAUGAGUUUCUGUUCAUCAUUGAAGCCUCAUCUGAGUUUACUCUAAACUCUUUCAUGUCGAGGCUAGCGUAUCUGCCGCUGAUCCAAUAUGUACAGGUCUUGGGACGUCUAAUCAAUCCCACAUUUUAUACCAAUCGAUAAUGAUGUUAUACUUCAAUAAAAGAUUCUCUAUCAUUAUUAUGCCAUGAUGCGUAAUGUUGGUGGAAGAAUUGCAAUCGGCUGCAUAUGAGAAAUGAAGAUCAACUUUGCAUAUGUCGACGUCAAUGCAUGCUUCAGUCGUGAUGCAUAAAUGUCAUCAUUUUCUAAAAUAUAUUACACACUUUCCGA